CCGCCUCCCGAGCUCCGCCCAGCCCCUUGCUCUGACAGAGCAGUUAGCACCCAGCGGACCUUCCCCGCCCUGCAUCCCGCUAAGGCGGCUCCGUAAGCACCUCGGGCCCCUCAGGCCCCCGGGACUGGUUUCUGCAGGAGCCAUGACGGCGGCUGUGUUCUUCGGUUGCGCCUUCAUCGCCUUCGGGCCCGCGCUCGCUCUCUACAUCUUUACCAUCGCCACCGACCCUCUGCGCGUCAUCUUCCUCAUCGCCGGCGCGUUCUUCUGGUUGGUAUCUCUUCUGCUUUCAUCCGUUUUUUGGUACCUAGUAAGAGUCGUUACUGACAACAGGGAUGGACAAGUACAGACGUACCUGCUCAUCUUUGGAGUGUUGCUCUCUGUCUGUAUCCAAGAACUGUUCAGGCUCGCAUAUUAUAGACUGUUAAAAAAAGCCAGUGAGGGUUUGAAAAGCAUAAACCCCGAGGAGACAGCACCCUCAAUGCGACUGCUGGCCUAUGUUUCUGGCCUGGGCUUUGGAAUCAUGAGUGGAGUGUUCUCCUUUGUGAACACCUUGUCUAACUCCUUGGGGCCAGGCACGGUGGGCAUUCAUGGGGAUUCUCCUCAGUUCUUCUUGAAUUCAGCUUUCAUGACACUGGUUAUCAUAAUGCUGCACGUGUUCUGGGGCAUUGUGUUUUUUGAUGGCUGCGAGAAGAAUAAGUGGUACGUCCUCCUCAUGGUUCUCCUGUGCCACAUGCUGGUGUCCACCCAGACCUUGCUAAGUCCUCAUUAUGGAGUAAACCUGGUAUCCGCAUAUAUAAUCAUGGUGCUCAUGGGCAUCUGGGCGUUUUUCGCUGCUGGAGGCAGCUGCCGAAACCUGAAACUCUGCCUGCUCUGCCAGGACAAGGACUUUCUUCUUUACAACCAACGCUCCAGAUAACCAGACAACCGGCACCUCCAAACAGCAGCCUGUGUCUGUAGAGGGAGCCCAACUGUGCCCUUCCCUAGAAAAGACUCUUCUCCUGGAAAUUAGAAGCAG